GGCAAGCAGUAAACGCCGCAGUUUUUGUGGGGCAUCGGUUUACAAACAUUGGAAAGUGGACGAGACCAGUCUCGAGCCAAACGCAAUCCAGUGUUUGUUGUGUUUAGUAGGGUAUAAUUUGCAACGGUGGCAGGAGGCAAACGUAAGAAACGAGGCCUUAGGGUCUUGUGGGUGCCGAAUUAUUUCCACCACAGUCACCGGAAGAAGAAUAAGUACUACGUCAAUCACCGUGAUGACUCUCCCUCCAGGUCAAUAAUGUCAGGUGAUUCCCCAAAUGCACACAGGGACCAGAAUUUCGACUUCACCAAGGAAAGUCGUUCAUCGCCCCUGCCGACAACAUCUCGAGAACACACUUUGCAAAGCACCGCGGUGCCGGACGCCCAAAAGGCGUCGGUAGCCGUCGAGCCUGAGAAAAAAGAGGGCGAACCUCUGGACAUCUGCUGUCCUACACUCAACAACGACGAGUGCGAGGAUAAACGGAGGAAUUCCGAUGCCAGCGACAAGGCCAAGUUCGACGAUCGCGAUCGCGAUACCCCCGACAAGAAUGAGAAAAGGAAGCUGAACGGGGGUGAUAAGUUGGACGGCGUAUGGGUAACUCCGAAGAAAAAGCCGGAGGAAGUGGAGGAAGACGACAAUUGUUUGGUGAAGUGUUUGUAUUACACCAUGCAGUGUUGCGAAUGUAACGUUAUGUAGAAAAUUGGUUCAGCAGUUCCUUGUGAUAUAUGUAUUAUUUUAGUCGCAUAGUUUAUUAAACGGAAAUUGUCCCGUAGAUCAACCGAAGUAAUAUUGUUGCGGGUUACAUGUGCAAUUAGAAUAAUACUGUCGUGGUACUUUUUUUGUAAAGGAAACACCUAAGAUUAGGUGAAACGCAUAGUGUUUUUAAAUUGUGUAAUUGGUCUCACGAAUAAAUAAUAUUUUGUCAUAUUUAUAAACUCUUUUAGUAUUUAAAUUUUAAGAAAUGUAAAGAAGAAAGACAAAUAUAAUUUAAUUACGUUUU